GCUAUCUGCACACACAGCAGGCAGCAGUCUCUCUCUCCUUCUUGUAGGACCUGCCCUGCUGCACUAGAUUCUUCACUCCUGGGGGAGGGAGGGAAGAUUCACUGCACCACCUGCCCUCACUCUAGCACUGGAAGAGCCCAGGUCGACUGCAGUUCUUCCUUCCCCCUCUUCUCAUCUGCAUAGCCCUGUUAGCAACUGGAGCUGUCCCCCAUCACCCUAUUCUGCAUGAUCUUUCCUUAGCAUUCCAUACAACAGAUACACAAGGCCCAGUAAAUGCUUCUUAGACUCAUGUCCCUACUGGAGCACUGAUUUGCCUUGUUAGUAGCACUUUUGAGAGAAGCAGCUGAAGGAUUACAUUGAAUUAUUCACGUUCAGAAUUUCCCUUCCUAUGUCAAAGGAUGUGUUUUAGCUCACUUACUUCACCAGCUAAUGCCACACUAAUGAAGAAUAGGUAAGAUUAUUGCAAUACACUAUCUUCAAUACUCUCACCACAGAACUCAAGCCAAAGAACUGGACCCGCUUUAAGAAGACUAUUUUGUUACCUAUCUCUAUUUUGCCAAACAUGGAUGAAAAGCAGAGAACACAUAUUCUCCAGUUGCCACCCUCUCCUGGGUACUAUGAGCUGAUGCUCCAGAGUGGGGAGAGAUUCCUUAGUACCUUGCAGGAAUGCAAAGACUGUGGCUGGCAGCUGUCUUUAAGCACUUUGCAGGCGCAUGCCAGAGUGACCUGGAUAGAGCUACUAUGCCUUGUGCUUUGUGCUGUGGCUUGGACUGGCAUUCGAAGGGCAGCAGCUACUUGGAUCUUUCAGCCUUUUGCUGAAUGGUGCCACGUGCAGCCUAAAGAAGCUGAGAAGGUUCCAGAGAGUGCCUGGAAGCUAUUAUUCUACAGUGUAUCCUGGUCCUACAGCUUAUACCUCUUGUUCAGCACUGAAUACACCUUCUUCCAUGAGCCAGCUACUUCCUUUCAUGGUUGGAAGGCGGGAGUGGAGGUACCCAUAGAUAUUGCUAUAGCAUAUCUCAUACAGGGAAGCUUCUAUGCCCACUCUAUAUAUGCUACAUUAUAUAUGGAUUCAUGGAGAAAAGAUUCUGUCGUAAUGAUGCUGCAUCACCUGGUUACAUUUACACUCAUCACUUUCUCGUAUGCUUUCAGGUACCACAACAUUGGGAUUCUAGUUCUGUUUUUACAUGAUUUUAAUGACAUCCAGCUGGAAUUCACUAAGCUCAACGUCUACUUUAAAACCCGCGGUGGGAAAUACCACAGAGUGAAUGACAUAAUAUCAGAUAUUGGGUGUGUCACAUUCGGUGUCAGCUGGUUCUGGUUCCGGCUAUACUGGUUUCCUCAGAAAGUUCUCUAUGCCACUUGCUAUUCCAGCCUUGAAUCCAACCCAAACAUCCCUUUCUAUUUUUUCUUUAACAUCCUGCUCUUUGCGCUAACACUGAUGAAUAUUUAUUGGUUUCUGUACAUAGUAAUGUUUGUUGGGAAGGUGCUGACGGGACGAGUUCAGGAAGUGAAUGACGUUAGAGAAUAUGAUGUUGCUGAAGAUCACAAAGUAUAUUCCUCAGCAGCUAACAGAACCCACAGACACAAGGACGGUUUAAGCAAUGGGCAAUCCUUGUCUAAUGGAUUUUUGAAGAAGAAACAGAAAUAAAAGAUCUCUCACUUCCAAUCACAUCUGCAAUCCAAAAUUGUUUCCCAAAAAGAACUGUGCAUCCUCUCUGCAUUCACAAAUUCAUCAGUGGACUGAUUUUUAUUCUCAUAUUUCCUUUUUUUUAAUUUUUUAACUUUUAUUUUGUAACUUUUAGAGUUUAAACAAAUUGAUUUUGCAUUCUAAAUGGGACUGCCAGGUUCUCUGCCGGUCUGUUCAAUGUAUUGUGUUUAAUAGAACCUUACUAAUUUGAGAGCACACCACCUGCUGAUUGUAAGAAGUUUAACAAUGUUAUGAUUUCUAUUAUACGUAACUGACUAAAA